GGAACCUCAAAACUUUCAUCGUCUACGUGCAUUACACAUGCAUAUAUAAAACAGUUCGUGAAAAGCAAGUGUCGUAAAGGGAGUUGCAAGUUGUCGGAGUUACUUCUUCUACAAUCUCGCUUCCAUUUGGCCUGCACUCCAUCUACAUCUUCUCCUUGGGUUGUCACAGAGGACCAGGCUCCUAGGAUAUCCAUCCCUCGACUUCUUACUCUCGUCUUGUUCAUCUUAUCUCCCUCCCCGCCUGUGCCUCUUCAAUCUCCAUCCAGACCAGACCGUACACACAGAGAGAGAGCAAAAGAGGACUGGGGAAUCCACUAAUCCAUCUGCAUUAAGGUUAAUCAUCAUCAUACCUGGGGGCAUCGUUCACAUGCAUGGAUUCUUAGAAGGUUUGUGAAUUGCUUUUUCCCUCUCCAGCCCGCCUUCCACCACCUCUGCAUCUCCAUCGCCCGUUCAUGUGGGCUUCGCGCGAUAACGUGCAAAGACUGGGAGCCGUUUCUUCUUCCUCUGCUCGUCGUCCUCCUCGUCCGUCUUCUGCCUCCACGACACGCCCUCCCAUCUCAAACGCACAUUGAUCAAUCGCGCCCUCGAUCCUCGUGUAGAUCUUUACAGAUUCUCCUAAACCUAAUCCAGAGCUCUAAAAAAAGGUGCACGGUUCGACGACUCAGCCUUCUCUUCGCACGCUUCGGAUAUCUCCACCCCAGAGCCCAGUUCUUCUUUAAACUUUACCUGCAACAAUUAAAAAGGAGAUACCAACUCAAGACCUCGUAUAACUUCAAUUCUCCUCUGGAUUCUCUUCACCUCCCUUCUUCUCAUACUCAUUGUGUUUCUUCAAGUUGUUCCGACACAAUUAUUAAGGGUUCAUUCACGCCCUGGCUACAUGGCCAUUGUCUAACCUCAUUUCAAACAAUUGGUCCACUCAUCAUACGGCAAAGCCACUUAUAUCCGACCACCUCCAAAUUGAAUGCUUUGAGAAUUUCGAUUUCUGGACAAUCCCUCGUAUCGAUAAUAUUUCUUCGAAUCCACUCCAAAAUCCGCACGAAAUUGCCUUCGACCCCUUUGGCGAUUGUUUCUUCCCCUCAUAAUUGCAUGGUCUUCUCUUGACAUUAUCUGCGCGACAUCCUUUUCUCUAUAGACAGCAACAAUCCGAUACCGACAAUCCCAUCCGAUCGAUCCAGCGACAAUGACUCAACAGCCGGCACAAAAUGUGAUGCGAAGGAAAUUGGUAAUAAUUGGAGAUGGUGCUUGCGGGAAAACGUCAUUACUUAGUGUAUUUACACUUGGUUAUUUUCCAACACACUAUGUACCAACAGUUUUCGAAAAUUAUGUGACGGAUUGCAGAGUCGAUGGAAAAUCUGUGCAAUUGGCAUUAUGGGAUACAGCAGGGCAAGAAGACUACGAGAGAUUGCGCCCUCUGGCAUAUUCAAAAGCCCACGUUAUUCUAAUAGGAUUUUCAAUCGACACUCCGGAUUCAUUAGAUAACGUCAAACACAAAUGGGUCGAAGAAGCAAACGAGCGGUGUCCAGGGGUUCCGAUAAUACUUGUUGGGCUGAAGAAGGACUUACGAGAGGAUCCUGUCGCCAAAGAGGAAAUGCGAAAGAAGUCUCUUGAAUUUGUGGGAACGAAAGAAGCAGAUGAUAUUGCAAAGGCCAUCGGUGCAAGGAAAUACUUGGAGUGUUCAUCGUUGACCGGCGACGGAGUGGAUGAUGUCUUCGAAGCAGCCACCAGAGCCGCACUUUUGACGUUCGAAAAAGGGGAAAGUAAUGGAUGUUGCGUUAUACUAUAAGGGAAGAUGAACGGAGUUUGGUGGGGGGAGGGUAUGUGGAACUAAGACGAAAGAAUCGAAAGAGGGUAUAUCUGGCUGGAACGCGUCGAAACCGGCAACAUCUCCACAACCAUUACUAAUGUACGAACGAGUACGAAGUUACCUACUCCGUAGCAACAUCACGGACACUUGUAUCUACGAUACCUGGAAAUUUCA